ACUAGAAGAUAGAAGUAGUCCAGUUCCCCAUCAGAUUCAUCCAUUCCACACACGCAAUCCAGUCACCCCAUUCAAUUCCUCAUCCAUGGCCAUGGCCGCCCUUCUCCCCUGUCUCCGGGGGCUCCUCCUCCUCCUCCUGGCUCUCGCCGCCGCCCAGACCCAGGCUCAGGCCCAGCAGAUGUCUUCCUUCUCCGCCAACGCCACCAGUCCCUGGCUUCCGACGGAGACCAGCCGCAUCCUCGUCUCGCGCAGUCUCGGCAUGGCCGCCGGCUUCGUCCGGUCGUCGUCAGCGGGCAGGUACCGCUUCGCCGUCUGGGUCGCCAACGUCUCCGACUCCGGCAACAAGACCAUCAUAUGGUACGCGCACAACAACUCCACCUACGACGCCUUGGAGGCCGACGGUAGCUCCACCCUCCGAGUCAACGCCGCCGGCGUGCUCGCUUGGACCACCGCGGCCGGCAUCGCCAUCUGGUCCAACACCGCCAACUCCAACACCACGGCUCUCACGCUCAACAACACGGGGAGUCUGCUCUACGGCUCCUGGUCUAGCUUCGCCGAGCCGACGGACACGCUCAUGCCGGCGCAGGCCUUACCGCAGGGAAGCAACAGUAGCGACGUCAUCACCCUGCAGUCCGCCAGCGGGCGCUACAAGCUCGUCAACUCCUUGGCACUCAACUACUACGAGUCGCCUUCCGUACAAACUGGCUUCACCUACGCCAACAUGACCGGCGGCAACUCGCUGUUGAACCUCACCGACGACGGCAAGCUGUUGCUCAGCGGCACACAGCAGCUCAUCGCCUCCGACAUGGGUGCUAAGAACCGGCUGCGGCGCCUCACGCUCGACAACGACGGCAACCUGCGCCUCUACAGCCUGAUCCCCGCGACCCGCAGCUGGCGCGUCGUGUGGGAGCUCGUGCAGGAGCGCUGCCGCAUCCAGGGCACCUGCCCUGGCAACAACACCAUAUGCGUCCCAAACGGCGCCAAUGGUGUCAGCUGCGUCUGCCCGCCCGGGUUCCGGAACAGUACGGUCGGCUGCGACGCCAAGAAGAGGCUGGGUAACGGCGACAAGUUCGUGAGGAUGGACUUCGUGUCCUUCUCCGGCGGCGCAACCAAAACAGCCUCGGAUCCCGACCAAUACAUGACGAAGGAGCCGCCCACGAACCUGGCCGAGUGCGAGACCAAGUGCCGGAGCGACCCCAGCUGCCCGGCGUUCGGCUACAAGUUCGGCGGCGACCGGACGUGCCUCCUCUACUCGAAGCGCCUCGUGGAAGGGUUCUGGUCCCCGGGGUCGGAGAUGUCCACCUACAUACGGGUGGCGGCGUCGGACAACGACACCAACCCCUUCACCGGGAUGACCACCAUGAUCGACACGGUGUGCCCCGUGCAGCUGGCGCUCCCCGUGCCGCCCAAGCAGAAGGCCACCACGAUCCGCAACAUCGCCAUCAUCACCACGCUGUUCGCGGUGGAGCUCCUCGCCGGGGUCCUGUCCUUCUGGGCCUUCCUGCGCAAGUACUCCCAGUACCGCGAGAUGGCGCGCACGCUCGGGCUGGAGUACCUCCCCGCCGGCGGGCCCAGGCGGUUCUCGUACGCGGAGCUCAAGACGGCUACCAAGGACUUCACGGACGUGGUGGGUCGCGGCGCGUACGGCACGGUGUUCCGCGGCGAGCUCCCCGACCGGCGCGCGGUGGCCGUGAAGCAGCUGCACGGCGUGGGCGGCGGCGAGGCGGAGUUCUGGGCGGAGGUGACCAUCAUCGCGCGGAUGCACCACCUCAACCUGGUGCGCAUGUGGGGGUUCUGCGCCGACAAGGACCAGCGGAUGCUGGUGUACGAGUACGUGCCCAACGGCUCGCUGGACAAGUACCUCUUCUCCUCCAGCUCCGCGCCGCCGUCGGCAGGCGACGGUGGCGGCGCCGAGGGCGAGGAGAGCAGCAGCGUCGCCGCGUCGGAAGGGAAGCCCAUCCUGGAUCUGCACACCAGGUACCGCAUCGCGCUGGGCGUGGCCCGCGCCAUCGCGUACCUGCACGAGGAGUGCCUGGAGUGGGUGCUGCACUGCGACAUCAAGCCGGAGAACAUCCUGCUGGAGGACGACUUCUGCCCCAAGGUGUCCGACUUCGGGCUGUCCAAGCUGACGAGCAAGAAGGAGAAGGUGACCAUGUCCAGGAUCAGGGGCACGCGCGGGUACAUGGCGCCGGAGUGGGUCAUCCACCGGGAGCCCAUCACGGCCAAGGCGGACGUGUACAGCUUCGGCAUGGUGCUGCUGGAGAUCGUCUCCGGCAGGCGCAACUACGGAUUCCGGCAGGACUCGGUGGGCAGCGAGGACUGGUACUUCCCCAAGUGGGCGUACGAGAAGGUGUACGUGGAGCGGCGGAUCGAGGACAUCAUGGACCCGCGGAUCCUCCUGCACGUCGACGACGACGCCGAGAGCGUGGCCACGGUGGAGCGCAUGGUGAAGACGGCCAUGUGGUGCCUGCAGGACCGCGCCGAGAUGAGGCCCUCCAUGGGCAAGGUUGCCAAGAUGCUCGAGGGCACCGUUGAGAUCACCGAGCCCGUCAAGCCUACCAUCUUCUGCGUACAGGACGACUAGUCAACUCCUGCUUUUUUUUUCUUUCAAAGUUCAAAGAGAAGAAAAAAAUGAUCUUCUUGUCCACGAAGACUAGUCAGCUCAAUCAAUUGGAAAUUAUUUAUUUCACAACCAAUCAACUGGUGUCUUGGAUGCGUCCUUGCUUCCAGUCAAACAACUAUACUGUAGAGCUUGUAGUACAUGAUCUUCUUUUUGA